AUGUCACUGCGAUCCAGUAAGCCCGUGAGACAAGAUUACAUUGCCAAAAUCAGGUACACCAACAGUCUACCCCCUCCACCAUCAAACCCAAAACUUAUCAACUACAAUACGACAACACCUAUCUCUUCCCAAACUGAAGGAGAUCAAUUAUUAUCAUCGUUGUUUCGUAAGGAAAACUUUCGCAAUCUUCUUGAGAGGAUAGAUGACCAAUUAGGACUAGAGUUGAACUUGAUUGAUAACGUGGGGUUCUUGGACCAUGGCGAUGCCAGUAGCAUCGGACAAGCAAAGAAUAAAUACACUGCUUUGCAUCCGAAAGACAGGGCAUUAUUAAGAGAUGCCGGUAUUGGCAAUAUCAAGAGAUCAGACCAGUCUGUAUCAUUUUUAAGAAGAACUGAGUACAUUUCGGAUCAGUCAUUGCCAAAGUCGACUAGCACGCACACUGAAGAGAACAAAGUUCAUGAGAAGUUGAAAAAUAGUGAAGAGCAUAGCUUGGAUGCGGAACAUCAGUUAAAGGCAGUGGAGGACAGUUUCACUGCCGCCAAUAACUCAUUAAAUAAUUUGUCGAGUUUGAAACAUCCAAGGAAAAGAAAUGUCAAGGCAGUUGAUGCAUGGCCGUUGUUGCCUGACACCUCCAUGAUGGACAAUAUGUUUAUGAAUUUGAGAUUCUUGGGAAGUGCAUCCAUCAAGAGGGAAUUGGAUGCGUUGAAAAGACGUCAGGGGGCGAAGUUCAAUGACACGUUCCAAAGACAAAAGCUUGAGUCUACCAUUUUUAAACCGAUUAACUCACAAGACGGCGAGUGGAUUUCGAUGUUUGAAGUGGAUAACGAGGAACAAGUUACGAAGCUUCACGAGAGCUUACACUCAACGUCUCCGGAGAAUCCAUCCAACGCAACAGAAGGGUUAGAUGGAAGCAUUUCUGAGUACAAUUACAAGUUUGUCAAAAACUACGAUAUGCAUUAUCAAGGAUACACCAACUCACGCCAAGAACUUGCAGUCAAGUUUGUCCCGGAUGAGCAAGCAACAAAAAGGAGGAAAGUUGCCCAUUACUCGCCAAUCAAUGGGAAAAUAGAACUAAGAAAACAUAGGGCGUCGACCAAUUCCGAAAUCAAUAAAUUCAUCAAAGAAAGAACAUACGAUGCAAUUCAAUUUAGGUUGAGAGAACCCACGACGGAUGAGUUGAAGGAUAUGGAUAGAGUGAGAUCUGAGUUUGACCCUAUGGAGUACGAAGGUGGUGACGAAUUUGAGGAUCUUGAAGGGGGAGAUGUAAGAAAAGAGAAUGCGGAGCAACAACAGCACCUCGAGAAGGAAGAACAAGAGCUAAAUGAUGACGAAAACUGA